UGAUGUUUAUAUCGCUGUCGGCUUUUAUACUUUGGGAGGAUAACUUGGUAUUUUGUGAGGAGGAAGGAGGUUUUUACGUAUUUCAAAUUUUCUGGCCAAAAUGUCUGAAGAUAAGAAAGGAGAGGUAGUUCGGUCUAUCAAGUUAACUGGAUUUGGAGGAUAUGACUGUCUGGUUGUUCAAGAAGCACCGUGUCCUCGUCCAGAAUCUGGAGAAAUAACUGUGCAAGUGAAGGCAUGUGGAAUGAAUUUUGCUGACCUGUACACACGACAGGGUCUGUAUACUUUUGAUGGACGUAAACCGCCCUUCGUGAUGGGCAUGGAGUGUGCUGGGGUAGUAAAAGAACUUGGCAGUGGAGUCGAGGGGUUCAAGGUAGGGGAUCGGGUUGUUUGCUGGAGCUUUCACUAUGGCAUGUGGCAAGAAGUUGUCAAGAUCUCAGGCACUGCAUGUCACUGUAUCCCUAACAGUAUGUCGUAUGAGGAGGCUGUUGCCAUGCCGGUCAGCUACUUGACUGCUUAUUUAGUUCUAUUUGACUUUGGGAACCUGCGUCGUGGCCAAAGUGUCUUGAUUCAAGCUGCUGCUGGUAUGUUUUGACGAACGUGUUGUUUUUGUUACUGAAAAAAAAAGUUCUGUAUCUUCAGGAUCUGGCUUCUUACAUUGAGAAAUUUAUGAUCAAAGAGUAUUAAACACUUUGCGUUAAUUACUGCAUUUCACUCCAUUUAUAAACAAGUUCUGUUUAUCAGUAAAAAAAACUUGCUUAUAAGCAACGUUAAUUUUAAGCAGUACAACCUUGCACAACUGUGAGCCUCUCUGCAUAACCUUUCACAGCAUAUAAAGUAGUGCUUAGAUGCACACAACUAGUGAACUUGAAUAUUUACCCUCACUUUCUAAGUCUUCUUGCUACUUUAUUGUUUGAGUAAUACUACUUUGUACUUGGCAUAGUAUAAAAACAAGUUUAAUAGUAAAACUUUCUUGUAACAUUAUAAACAGUGUUUGCUACUAAACCCGGCCCAAUUUGUGUAAGAUUAUAAACAGUGUUUGCUACUAAACCCGGCCCAGUUUGUGUAACAUUAUAAACAGUGUUUGCUACUAAACCCAGUCCAAUUUGUGUAACAUUAUAAGCAGUGUUUGCUACUAAACCCGGCCCAAUUUGUGUAACAUUAUAAACAGUGUUUGCUACUAAACUGGCCCAAUUUUUGUAACAUUAUCAGCAGUGUUUGCUACUAAACUGGCCCAAUUUUUGUAACAUUAUAAACAGUGUUUGCUACUAAACCCAGUCCAAUUUGUGUAACAUUAUAAGCAGUGUUUGCUACUAAACCCGGCCCAAUUUGUGUAACAUUAUAAACAGUGUUUGCUACUAAACUGGCCCAAUUUUUGUAACAUUAUCAGCAGUGUUUGCUACUAAACCCAGCCCAAUUUGUGUAACAUUAUAAACAGUGUUUGCUACUAAACCCAGCCCAAUUUGUGUAACAUUAUAAGCAGUGUUUGCUACUAAACCCAGCCCAGUUUGUGUAACAUUAUAAACAGCAGUUGCCGUUAAAUCUGGCCCAACUUGUGUUGUUUAUAAGCAAAUCCUGUUUAUAUCCAAAUUAAGCCAAGUUAAAAACAUAGGAAAUAUAUCAUUACAUGCAUAAAUUCUUGAUUAUAUCCAACAUACCUAUAACAGUCAUUCAUCUGGAUCAAUUUUGACUGAAUAUCUAAUAUGCAAAAGGUUUAUUAUUUUUAGAU